AGACGAUAUAAAGAGAGUGACGAUGACUUUACAAAGCUUCCUAAAAACCCUAAAGGCAACCAAACGAACAUACCCAUGCUCAAUCUACAACCUCCUCAUCUGCUCUUCCUCUACAACCCAAAGCCCCAAUUCACCGGAAAAGCCAAUCUCCGAUCUCAGCCUCUCCACUCUUCGCCGCAUCGUAUCCGACCCAGACAUCAUCCUCGAAAACCCAUCUCUUUUCUCUUUCCGACCCGAUCUCAAGUUCUCACUCGCGCGGAAGCUGCUGAAACCCGACAUUCUCAGGUACCCUUUUCGCGAUAUCGCCUCUAGAGCUCUCGACGAAUGCGGUAGCGUCGAGGCGAAAGUCGUCGCGAGGCUCUUUAAUUCGAUGAUCACGGUGUAAUCAGACAACGGGAGGUACGAUGAAGUUGUCGAGGUUUUCGAGUGUAUGAAGAGCAACGAGGUCGAGAUCGAUGAAAAGACUUUGACUUUGCAUUUGCUGAACCUCAAAAGAAGCGAUGAGGUCGAGUUAGCCAACGACUUCUUUCGUCUGAUGGUCGCUUCGGAGUUGGGUGUUGCGUCUGUCUACUCUUUAACAGUUGUCGUCUCCGCGUUGUGUUGCAACGGAGAGAUCAAGACGGGAAGAGAGUUGGUGGAGGAGGUUGAGACUAUUAAGCCUAAUAUCGUCACGUUUAAGUCUAUGAUAGACUGUUGCGUCAAGAGAUGGAACUUCGAAGAGUUGGGUUUGGUUCUUGAGUUGAUGGGGAAGGAAAGCGUGAGUCUUGAUCUCGAUGCUUACAAGAUUUUGAUCGACGGUUUCGCUAGUUACGGUAAGGUCGAAGAGGCAGAGAAGUUGGUUUCGACGAUGCACGAUAAGCAGCUAAAGGUGGAGACUUAUCUGUAUAAUCUGAUCAUCAACGGGUACGCUCGAUUAGGAUUAGUGGAGAAAGCGGUUGAGAUACACAGCGUGAUGAGUUCUCGAGGUGUUGUUUCGAACAAGGAUACGUAUUGGGGAUUGGUGAAUGGGCUCUGCAGGGCAGGGAAAGUGUGCGAAGCUAUGAGAUUGACGGCGGAGUUGCGAGUGAGCGAGUUUGAGGUUGACGAAGCAAUGUAUAGGACAUUGAUUGAAGGGUGUUACAGAGCAGGAACGGUAGAUAACGCUCUGGAAAAAGUGGUGGCUGAGAUGGUUAGGGAAGGAUAUAUUCCUGAUGGUAAAGUAUUUGAAAGAUUAGCUGAUGUGUUGUUUGAAGUAAACCGGGAAGAGGCAGCAAUGGUGAUUACAUUCGUUGUUAAGAGCGGCAUCGAACCAAGUUCUUUGUGGCCUGAAAUGAAGAUGAUAUAA